UUAAAGGGGAACCCAGCUUCUUUGAAGGUAGAGAGGGACUGCAGAUCCUGCUAAGCCUGGAUGAGGACGAACACUGAGCAAUGAAGCAGAGGAUGGACAGCGAAAAGUUUAGAAGCCCCACCUCAUCGGAAGAGGAACUUAAAGGAUCCAGUUCAUCAAUCUCAUCAUUAUUAAGAAUCAAGAAACUGCCCAUCGAUGCGGCUGAAUGGGAAAGCUAUUUUGACGAGAGCGGGCAGAUCCUCAAGUCACAAAACUAUGUGGCUUCCCAAAUUUUGGAGAAGGGCUUGGAUCCUUCUGUGAGAUCAGAAGCUUGGAAAUUCCUCACCGGCUACUAUCCGUGGAAGAGUUCCUAUGAUGAGAGACUCACAACCGACAGCAUGAGACGGAAAAGCUAUGAAUCUCUGUGCAACAUGUACACCAAGAUCGAACCGCUGCUAGAAACAGAGCAUCGAGACUUCACGGAAGUCCAGAAUGUUAUACAGUCUGAUGUUCAACGGCUUUACAUCAAAGAUGCCCAGGGCAACCCCCUGGUUGAUAAGAAGCAACUGGAGAAGAUUCUUCUGCUGAAUUAUGUCUGCAACCUGAAUGCUGAAUACCAACAAGGUUUCCACGAAAUGCUUCUUCUCUUCCGGCUGCUUGUCGAAAAGGAGCACGAGAUCUAUUGGCUGUUCCAGUUUUUCCUACAAAAAACGGAGAACAGCUGCAUCAUAAAUGUUGGGGUGCAGAAGAACCUGGCCAUGCUGAAAGCCUUGAUUACAUUUAUGGAUCCAAUCUUUGCAAACCACCUGGAAUCAAAAGGCCAAGUGGUGUCGUCAUUGUUUCCUUGGUUCUGUCUCUUUUUCCAGCGUGUCUUCAAGUCUUUUGAGGAUGUCUGGAGAUUGUGGGAGGUGUUUCUCACAGGACAUCCCUGUAGAAACUUCCAGGUGAUUAUCGCUUACACGAUGUUGCAAAUGGUGAGAGACCAGAUCCUCAGAGAAGACCUGGAAGGGGAUGACAUUUUAAUGUUGUGCCACAGCAUUGUAGAUCUUGAUGCUGAUGACUUGAUCGCCAGAGCCUGUAACAUAUAUGAACUCUUCCUGAAACAUGAAGACAAGGUUCCAGAAGAUCUCAAGGAAUUUUUCAGCCAACCUUCACAGUAAAAAGGCCGGGCUAUAAAUCAGGAGACUGCUACAGCCGAAGCAGCAUGAGCGUUAAGGAAUAGAUCGAAUUGGAAAGUAGAAACAUCGUAAAUACUGUUCACCUAAGACUAGAUUCACCAAAUUAGAUUAUCUGAGGUUAGGGCAGAAUGCCUUAUCUGUCCGCCAGAACUACCCAUAAAACGUGUUGAAAAUUUGAUGGAGCAGCUUUACAGUUUCUGUUUCCUGCAAGGCAGGGGGUGGACAACCUGUUGAUGGACAGGGGAGCUAACAUUUGGGGUAAAACAUUUCAUUUGGUGAAGCCACAAUGCAGAGGGAGUGAUGCUGCAUUAGACAUCCGGGAAGCAAGAAUCAGUGUUUCUUUGUUCCUUUUUGGAAAUCAAGUGCUUUUUUUUCUGAGUUAUUAACCUUUGGGCCGUCUUUGUGAUUCAACGCAAAUAAGAAACAGAGAAUUCAG